UGUGUUGGUGUCACAGAGAUCAUCUUUGCUAUUUCGCAAUCAUUCGUAAAUAUUACAAAAAAAAGUAGUAGUAGUUCUUGUGUUCGCACUGGCUGGAAUGUUUACGAUUUUAGUACUGUCACUCCGAGACAAAUGUGUGGUGAAUCCCUGUGUGUAUGUUGCUUGAAUAAUACUGAACGGGAUAUGUUAAAUGCUUGUAUAAUCUAGUAGUCGUAGUAUCAUACGAAUUGUAUCUGCAAAGAAUUUGUGAUACGUCGCCAACAUGGGCGUGUUACGCUUUUUACGUCGUGUGAAAGAAUGAACUUGUGAGCGUGAUUACCGCAAGUAAUUCAACUGCAAGAGCUGUCAGAGUUUUACAAUUACACAGGAGCAACAUCUCGUAUGUUGCGUGGUACAGGUUGGGAUCUUCAUUUACUUGUGGUGCGUAUAGGUGUUGGGUUGAGAAUCACUGUUAACCGACUACCAGCAGUCGGUUAUCGUCAAAAUGUCAAAAAAUAAGUUAAAUCUGACGUUGCCAUCAGGCGCAAUAGAAGCAUCGCAGACAACACCGACCUCUCAGCCUACAGUGGACCCACCUGUUGUGCCAGAGAAAAAAGUAACAAUUUCUGGAUCAGGAUGUUCAAACAGGCGUAGCACAUUGACAGGGAAAACAAGCAUUGAAGUUUUGCAAGAGAGACUGGAAGAAUUGGAAAUGGAUGACACUCAGAGGAAACGAAUGGAAUACUUCCUUGUUCAGAAAGAAAAGAUUGGUGAAUUAUCAGAUGAUGACUUUGAGAAACUGGGAGAACUUGGAGCUGGAAAUGGAGGUGUGGUGAUGAAGGUCAGACACCGAUCCAGUGGUCUCAUUAUGGCUCGUAAGCUAAUUCAUCUUGAAGUGAAACCUGCUAUUAAGAAGCAAAUUAUUAGAGAGCUGAAGGUUCUCCAUGAGUGCAAUUUUGCUCACAUUGUUGGGUUUUAUGGAGCAUUUUACAGCGAUGGCGAGAUUAGUAUUUGUAUGGAGUACAUGGAUGGUGGUUCACUGGAUUUGAUAUUGAAGAAAGCAGGCAAGAUCCCAGAACCCAUUCUUGGAAAAAUUACGUCUGCUGUGUUAAAAGGAUUGAGCUAUUUGAGAGACAAGCAUGCCAUAAUGCACAGAGAUGUGAAACCAAGUAAUAUCCUUGUAAACAGUGGUGGAGAGAUUAAGAUAUGUGACUUUGGAGUGUCUGGUCAGUUAAUAGAUUCUAUGGCCAAUUCAUUUGUAGGAACAAGGAGCUACAUGUCGCCUGAACGUCUUCAAGGAACACAUUACUCAGUCCAAAGUGAUAUCUGGUCAUUGGGCUUGUCAUUGGUAGAGAUGGCAAUAGGAAUGUAUCCUAUUCCACCACCAGAUGCUAAAACACUUGCUGCUAUCUUUGGACCAAAAAGAAUUGAGAAUGGUGAUGCACCUCCACAGUCUCCCACCCACAGCAACUUCCAGCAAGGCACCAAUGGCCCUCGUCCGAUGGCAAUAUUUGAACUUCUCGAUUACAUUGUGAAUGAGCCACCUCCAAAGUUACCAUCAGGGAUAUUCUCUGAUGCCUUCAAAGACUUCGUUGACAGCUGUUUGAAAAAGAAUCCGUCAGAAAGAGCAGAUCUCAAGACACUUAUGAACCAUGAAUGGAUUCGUAAGGCUGAAUCAGAGAAUGUUGACAUUGCUGGAUGGGUGUGUAAAACUAUGGAUCUGGUUCCUCCAAGCACGCCAUUACAUUCUGCUGCUCCAAAUUUUGGUGGUGCUUCUGGCAAGUGAGAGUAUCUCAUCACUUGCUUUGUUUCCUUUUCUUCAUUGUAGACCUACCUGUACAUCAAUAUGCUAUGAAUAUAAGCUGCAAGUCUUUUUAUAAACAUAUAGAUGUAUAAACAUACAAGUACAUUGCUGUAGAAGUUAAACAAAUUUUUUGUGUGAAACUCUGCACCAUUUGUGGGAGACCCGCAGCCUUUACCUCUUCAAAGCAGAGAUUACAUUUCAAGGGAAAAUAUUAUGUAGAUGCCAAAUAAUAUUAAGCUUGAAGACUCGAAAUCUACCUUAUGUAUUGACCUGCAGAGGUUUUGGUCAAUAUUGAGAGAAACAGAUAACAUGUUGUCUGCUUGUGAUGUAUAUUUGUUGAAUACUAUUUAGUUCACUGAUAUAAAGUAAUUUAUUUUUAUUAGUGUUAAUACUUUUAAUAUGUGUGAGAAACCAUUCCAUUAAUUAGAGUUUUGUCAAUUACUGUCAUAGAUACUGUGUAUAUUUAUGCAUGUGAUACUUCUGUUUGUGCACUGUUUACCACUGUAUAUUUAUGUUGUUUCACAGAAUAAGAAUAAGCAAGUGUAAUUCAAUUUAACUAUAUAUACAUACAUACAUCAGAUAUUAUUGCAGUGAUAAUAAAACCUGCACCAAGAUAAUUAAUUUAAUUAUUGUUGUGGCUGUGACAUGCAGUGGAGUUGACAACACUAUUGCUUUUAUACUAUCUCAAACUCAGUUCUGUAAUUAUUUUGUUCAGUAAAAGAAUGAGGAACUCAAUUGCACAUGUUGGACCAUAGUUUAGUAUUUAUUCCUUUGCACUGAGUACCUGGAAACAGUUUUUAAUGUCUUUUAAAUAUUUUGGGAUGCUACAAAAAGAAUCUGGCUUUAUGGUCACAACUCAGCAAAGAUGACAAUUUAUGACUGUGAUGCAACUGUUACUGGUUAAUGGUGAACAUCAUUUUAUUGGGAUUCCGUAUCAUUGUUGUCUAUUUAAUGAAAUUGGAAUUGAGGCAAAAAAUGAAACUAUUGUAUUAUUUUAAAAACUAAAAUUUGAACACAGUCACCAGAGAAGUAGUUAAAAAUGUUGACUAAUGUGCUACAGAUGUCCUUGUAAUUGUGUGUUUAUUUUGAAGUUGGUAAAUGUGUAAGACUGCUGAUUAAGAAGUGGCAACAAAAUAAUACAAGGAACUGGUGAACUGCUCUAUCUUGUUAUUUCCCUGUUAUCUUUACUUCCAUAAUAAAAACAAAGGAAAUGAAAUUUUCCUGUAAAAAUUUGACUGUUUUAUGCUGUUAUGUUUCAGGCUUCACUCUUUUCUUUUGUAUGUUUAUUAUGAAAGGGGGGAAGUAACUUUUAGUAAAAUGUCUUGGAAGAAGAAGGUGUGUAUAGAGUAACGAUUUUAUUAUAUUACCAUGAUAUGUAAAUAGUACCAGGAACUGUAGAUUUAUUUAAAUUGUGGGCAUUAUGUUCCUCUAGCAAUAACAAAAGAAAUUCUACAAGA